UGCUUCAAAGUCCCCACUAGAGCUCUUCCAGUUCCCGUUUGACGCGUCGUCGCGCGCGGCGCAAACAUCUCCAACACCAAUAAAAAAAAUCGCCAGGCGCAAUUGACUUGGGGAACCGACACCCCAAUAUCCGCACUCUUUGCAUCCCCCGCCAAUCUGUGGGGGUUUACUGUCUGUGCAUCUUCAGCAUGGUGAAGACGACUGAAGAUGCGCCGGCCACUACGGGCCCGCAGGACGACGACGAUGGCCAGCCGGCGCCAGACUACGACGACGCCCUCGACAGCAUCGUGGACUGGAGCAUCAACCGCAAGGACAGCACGGUGACGCUGACGACGAGGCGGGCGACCGACGACGCGCGGCGGGAGGUGCCCGAGGAGUGGGUGCAGCGCGUGAACGAGGACAAAGUGGUGGCGUACUGGGCGUCGUUCGGGCGGGCGCGUGAGAACACCAUCAAGUGCGCCACGUACCGCGUCUUCCGCAUCCUGGGCCACCGGCCGGGCAAGGCGCCCGGGCUGCUGAUACACUGGGUCGGCUACAGGGGCGACCCGCGGGACGGGUCCGCCAGCUGGGAGCCGCUCGACGUCAUCAUGCGGUCCAGCGAGGCGCUCGUGCUCGAGUACCUGGCCGCAAACGGCCUGACGAGGCAGCUCACGCCCAAGAAGCGGGGUGCCGGUGCAACAGCGGCAGCGGCAGCAGCAGCAGCAGCAGCAGCAGGAGGAGGAGACAACAACGGCGCAACCACAACCACAACCACAACCACAACCCCCGCCCGCGGCCGCCGGGCUAGGACGAGCUCGGCGUCUGCGCCCGACGACAGGACAGCAGCAGCAACAACAACAACAGCAACACCGGCAGCGACGUCUAAGAAGCGCCGCGCCAACUCGGAGGCACCGCCUGCCAAACGCGCGCGCAAGAGUGACGGUUCAGGAGCCAACGACGUCAACAGACCGCCGGCGGCAAAGACGCCAGCCAAGAGGGGGAGGCCAAGCUUGAAAUCCAAGGCCCCCGCCGCUGCCGCAACCUCAGUAUCACCAUCCUCAUCAAAAUCAUCACCCAUAGCAGCCCCGUCGAGGCGACCGAGGGCACCGCCGGCGGCGGCGGUGGCGGCAGGGGCGAUGCAGCAGGGCGACGUGCUGUUCAGGCUGGACCUCAACAUCAGCGGCGUCCUACACAAGGACGUCCAGAAGCUGCUCGAGCUCGCCACGGAGCUGACGGCGCAGGGGAGGUCGGUGUCGCUCAACACACAGAUCACGCCGCUGUGAAUUCUGGGCGGGAGCGUGGCUUGAUGGUUGGUUGCUGGCGGUGACGACGCCUUGCCUGGCAGUUGCCGUCUUUCUUUGCUUUUCUUCUUCUUUCGUGCUGUCUCUCUCUGGCGCCCAUGUCCGGGCCGGGCUCACCUCGGAGAGCCAAGGCUCAGGGUGGACUGGUAAAAUUCAUGUUCGGGACAGGGGGUUGGGGGGUUUUUCUCAUCCAUGGUCUUGAUCUCUGUGCUUUUUUCUCUUUCAUUCUCCCUGCUCUCUUAUUACCCAUGUCAUUGCUGCACCCUUGGCCUCCCCAUUCCUUGGUUAUGUUGUUUCCCGCCCUCGUAUGGGCUGAUUGGCUUGGAGGGGACGGGGGGUCUAUUAUGUGUCAUUUCUUUCUGCUAAUGCCGGGAGUAUUGGGAGCGAUCUUGCUGCAUAGCCAAUCGCGAGGCCGGGGGAUCAUCUGUGAGGACAUCACAUCUGGCGGGAAGCGGCAUCAACACCCCCUCGUUGUUUCUACGGGGAUCAGAGCGGUGCGCGUAAAUCUGGUUUCGUUUCGGCGCCAUCUUAUCAUUUACAUGCUGUUCACAA